CCUCAAGCUCAACCACCACAUUUCUCAUCUCUCUCUAUACUCCAACAAAAUUCAGUUUCAGAUCUCUCAUCAGCUAUGUCUGGCGUUUGGGUCUUCAAAAAUGGGGUUGUUCGCCUGAUUGAGAACCCGGGCGCCAAUCCGUCUUCGGGCUUAAACUUGAGGCGCAAAGUGUUGGUUCACUCACCAACAAAUAAAGUGAUAACAUCUUAUGCUGAUCUUGAGAGGAAGCUGGUUUCACUUGGAUGGGAAAGGUACUACAAUGAUCCAGACCUCCUUCAAUUCCACAAGAGUUCCACAGUUCAUUUGAUAUCCCUUCCCAAGGACUUCAACAAGUUCAAGUCCGUGCACAUGUACGACAUUGUCGUGAAGAACCGCAACGUAUUCAAAGUCAGGGAUGCAUGAUUUUUAUCGCAUACAUGACACUGCUCCAUCACGUGAAUUUAUCUUAGCUUUUUAUGAUUAAAUGGAUGAGACUCUGGUGGAUUUAUGUAUGAGAGAUCUACAGGACUUGGUGAACAGAAUGGAGUGUUGGUUUUGUAAAUUAAUUGCGUCCAACGUGGUUAUGAAGAUGAUGUUAUAUAGUUCGAGUUUCUUCUGUGGAUGAACAUCAGAUUUUCAUGCAUGCCUCGGACAUUGUACCUGUGGAACGUUCUUCCGGUAGAUCAUUUUCUGGUAACUUUUCA